AUGUCAAAACCAAAAAGGAAUAGACGAUCGAAAACUUACAAAAAUUUACCACAAAAUCAAUGUCCAUCAGUAUGUAAAAUCUGUCGAAACCCGGCAAUUGGUUAUCAUUAUGAGGUACCAUCUUGUAAUGGAUGUAAAACGUUCUUCCGUCGGACCAUUGUAACUGGACGGAAAUUCAAAUGUCCUAAGAUUGGCAAUUGUUUCGAAGGAGCAGACGUCAUUGACACAUCGAAACGAGUGUGUCGAGCAUGUCGAUUUGAGAAAUGUAUACAGGCUGGAAUGAAUCCACUGGCAAUUCAAGCCGAAGCGAAAACUGAGGAGGGUCAUGAACUCAAAAAGAUAAUAGCUCAGAAAAUGCUCAAUGGUGAAAAGUUUGACAGUAUAACUGUAUUCUUCAAUGUAGAAGACAAAUUGAAUCAAGUAGUUAAAAAGCUAACCUCAAUCGAAGCAAAGUUGGAAGGUGUACAUAACAAUGGCAUGCCAAUGGGAUUCACGGAUAUUAGAGAUUUGAGUACUGUCGUUUCAUCGAAAGUGAUUUAUAAUAAUGUAGAUAUUCCGUCGAUGAGUUAUGCACCUGUGAAAAUUUCUAAAAAUACUGGACUACCAAAAAGACGUAGUCGAAACUUUGUCCACUCAAGUUGCUUGGCGUCAAUUGAAUACUCGAAGGCGUUUGAUUUCACCAGUGCAAUUGACCUCUCCAGUAAGAUAACUCUGCUUCAACACACUGCUUUAUCCUGUGCCAACCUUACAAAUGCAUUUAUUACUUUUUCGAAACUGAAAUCAGACACUCUUUUGUAUCCAGAUGGAAGUAUUUAUGGACCACCGAAAAGAAAGAAGGGGCCACUGAUUGAAAAACAGAGAUCGUUUUUACAAAAGACAUUAGUUGCUUUUAUGUCGAAUAAUGUGGAUCGAACCGAAUAUAUGCUACUCAAAGCAAUAGUCCUUUGUAACCCUGGUAAGAGAAAAAACCUAAUUCAGCAUCCAAAAAAGCAAGUUUUCAGCAAACGUGAAGUGUAUGCUCAAUGCCUAUUCCGUUACUGUCUACUUCAACAUGGGACACUGAACGGUCCUGGCAGAUUUUCGUUGCUUCUUGCCAUAUGCAAUGUUCUCGAAAACCAACAAAAAUACCAGAAGGAUUACUAUUUGUACAUUAAAGUUAUUCACAGUCAAAAACACAAGGAUCCAGAAGUUUUGAAGAAGAAAUGUAUCAGUGUUGUGUAUGAUCAGAUAAUGGACCCGUGA